UGAGGGCAAAGUGUCACGCCCAGGCCUGUUUCAUACGCUACAAAAAUAAUGUCUAGUAUUUGAGCUAUGCAGACACGGAGUAUGCUGGCUAUUCAGUGCACCGUGUGGUACAAGUGGUGAAAGGGGAGAUAUUUUCUGUGUUUGGAAUAUCAACAUGCUCCACCAUGUCCUCCUUGCCAAAACGUUUGGUCGGGCAGUUCGUCAGAAAAUCUGCAAAUGAGGAGCAGAAUGUGGAGUCAGCAUCUACAUUCCCAAAGGUCAUCGACCUGAACGUUGGCGGCGUCCACUUCACCACGUCGCUCUCCACCCUGCGUAAGUACGAGGACUCUAUGCUGGCCGCCAUGUUCAGCGGGCGCCACAACGUCGUCAAAGAUGCUUCAGGUUGUUACUUCAUCGACAGCGACGGAACCUACUUCGGCCACGUCCUUAACUUCUUAAGACGAGGCCAACUCCCGCCUUUGGACGUCUCAAAGCAGGUGUAUCUCGAGGCGCAGUACUUCGGGAUCGAACCGCUCGCGAGCAAACUACGGGAGACGCCGCCGAUCAUAGGGGAAAGUCGCAGGCAGCAUUUUCUCGGGCAGUUUCCGAACUACUUCCAGACUGUUGAAACACUGAUCCGACUUGCCAAGGAGACAGAACACCCGCUCAAGUCUUCCACAGUGUUGAUCUGCUUGUACAGAAAGGAACUCGUCGGAUACUCGAGACCGCACAAACAAGCAAGGUACUUAAAAAUGUCGUCCGAAGACUUGGAGAAGGGAAGGAAGUUAUUUAAUGUGGAUAUUCACGUAGCAACACACGACUGUAAAGAAGGGCACGCCGGGGUAAACCUUGGACCGUGGGAGGUCGAAGUUGAGGAAAAAGAAGUGUUUAAGGUGAUGCUUCAGGACCUGAGAAAAAGGGGAUAUUCGGUGAGAGAGAGCAGCGAGGCAAAACUGGAGGUGGGGAAGUGCCAGUGGUCGCACGAGUUUGGGCAGAUGGCAAAAGUGUCGUGUGGAAAACACCUUUACGGGGUGGUUUUUGAAUGGUGGUGAGAUGUCUUAAAUUAAUAUUAUGAAUACUAGUAA